AUGAUCACACGGACUUGCGCCAAGUGGGACCACUGGAACAUAUCGGUCGUUCGCGACUUCCAUCACACGAGCGGGUCCCCGACUUUGAUGCUCUUGGGGACGUGCAAGACUCGUCCGCAACAUCACCAAGUAUCAAAGAUGACGUUUGCCAGAGCGUCCAAGACCGGAGUAUCGAACUGGUCUGAGGUUAAGAAAAAUUGUGAAGCUGGAGCCGAGAAGAAUGGUUCUGUGAGUUGGAUCUGCAAUGUGCGAACGGUACUUUUCAAGCAUCACAGCUGA